AAUUAAAUUUUCAAGGUAAAGACUACUUACUGGUCAGGUGCUGAGGCUUUGAUUGUUUUCUUCUUGAAGAACUUGGCAUUGUUCUUUCGAAAAAGGGAAUAUUUUGAGUAUAUACAUGAGGUUUACGGUUUGUAAACAGUCAACAUCGCACAGCCGUGUUUUCCGCAUUCAGCCAUUUCGCAUUGCAUUAUGGGAACGGCACGUGUAAACCGGAAGUAAACAGUGCAUGCAACCGGCUUUUGGAAAUUAAAGAAACUUUUGUUGAUUAGAGCAUAAAUACCGAGUAACAAGUAUCUAGUUUGUCACAGAUUGUUAAAAUUAAAACAUGGAAGCUAAAGGGGAAGGUGAAGGUCAGGUGUCUAAGAAAGCUCUGAAGAAACAACAGAAAGAAGCAGAAAAAGCUGCUAAAAAGGCCCAGUAUAAGAAGCAAGAAAAUAAAGAAAAUGUCGUCGAGUCUGAUGAGAAAGAUGUAUCACAGGGUUGCUAUGGUAACCUGCCACUUAUUCAAUCACAGGAGAGGAUCGACAGAAAAAUACUGCCGUUGAAAGAGUUAACUGCUGAUUUGGCCGAUACUAAAGUGUGGGUUCGGGCACGUCUCCAGACAUCCAGAAGUAAAGGAAAACAGUGUUUCUUUGUGUUGCGACAACAGAAAUGGACAGUACAAGGUUUAAUCUAUGUCACAGAAAAUGUCAGCAAACAAAUGAUCAAGUUUGUAGCUGGAAUUAACAAAGAAUCUAUCAUAGAUGUUGAGGGAUAUGUCAGGACAGUGACACAAAAAGUAGAGUCGUGUACACAACAAGAUGUAGAGCUACAUGCUGAACAGGUAUGGGUGGUUAGUGCAUCUGAGCCGAGAUUACCUUUGUUAGUAGAAGAUGCUUCUAGACCAGACUCCGAAGAUGGUUUAGCUAUUGUUCAUCAAGACACGCGACUAGACAAUCGCAUCAUAGAUCUGCGUACAACAACCAGUCAGGCUAUAUUUAGACUAGAGGCUGGAGUGUGUAAAAUAUUCAGGGAAACUUUAGAUAAAGAAGGUUUUGUGGAAUUACAUACACCUAAAAUUAUACCAGCGGCGUCAGAAGGUGGCGCUAAUGUAUUCAAAGUAUCGUAUUUUAAAGGAAGUGCAUUCCUUGCACAGUCUCCUCAGUUAUAUAAACAGAUGGCAAUAGCAGCUGACUUUGAAAAGGUUUAUACCAUAGGGGCAGUAUUUCGAGCAGAAGAUUCAAAUACACAUCGACAUCUGACCGAGUUUGUUGGUGUAGAUUUAGAAAUGUGUUUCAACUAUCAUUAUCAUGAGGUUAUAGAUGCCCUCGAUCAUCUCUUUGUCUCCAUAUUUAAAGGUCUCAGGGACAGAUACGCAGAGGAAAUAGCAACAGUCAAUAAACAGUUUCCUGCAGAACCCUUCAAAUUUUUGGAACCUAGUUUGAGGUUAGAAUACAAGGAGGGUGUGGCUAUGUUACGUGAAGCUGGUGUUGAAAUGGAGGAGGAUGAAGAUUUGAGUACACCAAAUGAAAAACUACUUGGCAGGCUAGUUAAAGCUAAGUAUGACACCGACUUCUACAUCCUGGACAAGUUCCCCCUGGCUGUACGACCUUUCUAUACCAUGCCUGAUCCUAAUAACAUUAAAUGGUCGAACUCAUACGAUUUCUUCAUGCGUGGAGAGGAGAUUAUGUCCGGUGCUCAGAGAAUUCACGACCCCAAAUUUCUGGCUGAACGUGCCAAACUACAUGAAAUUGAUCUUGAAACUAUCAAAGGAUAUAUAGAUUCAUUCAGAUAUGGAGCACCUCCCCAUGCUGGUGGUGGUAUAGGAUUGGAAAGAGUGACCAUGUUAUAUCUAGGACUUGACAAUAUUAGAAAGGCUUCGUUAUUCCCACGUGAUCCUAAACGUAUAACACCAUAGACAUUUUACCACUAUCUGGGCCCCAAUCAACAUUUGUCAUAUUUGCAAUAUGUUUUACAUGAUUUGUUUAUAGUGCUAAUGACUGUUUAAAGCAGCAUGUCUCCAGGUUUAUGCUAACUUUUGUGUAAAUUUUGAAAAUGUGUAAUAUUGUAAAGAAACCAAAAGGAAGCGAUUUACAAAUUAUCAAUUCCAUUUACAACCCAUGUAAAUUACAAAAAGAGGUUAAAUUGGCUAAAAAACAGCUUUACAUGUAAUAACACAUCAGAAAUAUAGUUAUAAGUACUGAAAAUCGGUCAUUAAUCGUACAUGUCAAUUAUUACUCGAAUCUUGAAUAUUUUGACUUUCCUGAAGUCCUUGUAAAUUUUUCUCAAGUUUGAUUUUAUUGAAAUAUUUUGGCUGAUCUGGAGGCAACCAGCUUUAAAUUACAAAAUAGAAAUAAAAGGUUAAAGGUUAUGACUAAAUUUGAUCUACACCUGAAAGUGCUACAGGCUCCUUAUGUUAAAGUUUAAUAUUUUUAUGGUUGUUUUUUUUUUUUGCUUAAAAAGUUGCUUCAUAGUAAGACCACUGUGAUUGCAGCUCUUAUAAAAAAAUGUA